UUUCAUUUUCAUUCAUAUGCGCCUGGAGGACACCGUGCUCGAAAGUGACCGGCAGUCCUACGCAAAUGUGUACCUCUUAAACCAGCGAACUGUGGUUGCACGGCUUUACUCACGUUGCACGUGUUUUCACAAAUUUAAUUCAGGCGGCUUUCUCUCUUCCUUACUUUUUAUUUCCUCCUUGCCGUCUUACCGUCGUCCUGGAACAUCGUCUCCGCGUAGAUGGCGCGGCGCGUCUCUCGUUAGAAAGAAAGAAAAAAAAAAAAAAAAAAGGGAAAAAAAGCAAAGAUUUUUCUUACCGGAGGUGGACACGGGGACUACGUCACUACAUAACCCUGCAAGUUUUAUCCGCAUUAAUGCUGCAGCCUGGAUUUAAUCGGUUUUAACAGUUUUCCGCCUGUCGUGUCCUAGUCAACGGAUGUCCCCUUCAUCUUAGAAGUCAUCGUUCACCGCACAGCAGUGCUUCGCCGUCGUCUUCAAUAAUGACGUUAACAUGGGGGAAGCCGAUCCUGCUUUUUGGAGUGCUUCUGGUGGUCAUCCUUGUGGUGUUGCUCCAGUAUAGCUCGCUGGGCACCACCAACGUCCGCCCGGAGACUCUGCUUGCCUCUCCCAUCGGUAUGGCUGCUCCUGUUCCUGCGGAGCUGCAGUGGGCUGGCCAGCAGCAGAGGCCUGCUCCUGAACCAAAGCCCCAGCUCCCGGCUGGGGCCCAUUCCAAGGCAUAUGUGCCCGAGCUACGCUUUGUUCACCUUGACCUCAAGGGCGCACCACCGAAGGUGGCCUACAUGAAGCAACUGUUUCCACUGCUCCGGGAAGCUGGUGCCAACGGGCUUCUGCUGGAGUAUGAGGACAUGUUCCCUUACCACGGCUCACUGGAGCCAAUCCGCGCCAAGAAUGCUUACACCAAGGCAGAGAUUGGCGAGAUUCUGGCUGCAGCCAAGGAGAACAGCUUGGAAGUGAUACCACUGGUACAGACUUUUGGACACCUGGAGUUUGUGCUCAAGCUGCCCGAGUUUAGGCAUGUGCGCGAGAUAGACGAGCACCCGACAGCCCUGUGCCCUUCGCGCAACGAGAGCUUUGUGGUUGUGAGCACCAUUGUGGAUCAGGUGCUGGAACUGCAUCCCAAGGCUAAGUGGCUGCACAUUGGUUGUGAUGAGGUGUUCCAUAUGGGCUAUUGCUCACGUUGCAGCCAUCGGGACAGGGAGGACCUGUUUCUAAGCCACGUGCAGCGGGUGGCACGGCAUGUGCGGGAGCGGCACGGCCGUCUGCCUAUCAUCUGGGACGACAUGCUGCGCCAAAUCAGUGCCGAGAAACUAAAGCCCCUGGGCAAGUUGGUCGAGCCCAUGGUGUGGUCGUACGUGAAGGACGUCUACCGCUUCAUUAGCUACAACAACUGGGGCACGUACAGCGAAGCAUUCGAGUCCAUUUGGGCAGCCAGCGCAUUUAAGGGUGCCUUUGGAGAGACCCUGACAGUGCCUAAUGCCCGCAUGCACCUGGAGAACAAUGAAGGGUGGCUAGAGGUCAUGUCUGAGCAGCAUGCCAAGUUCCCUCGCUUCCGAGGCAUAGUGAUAACUGGCUGGCAACGCUACGACCACUUUGCCACACUGUGCGAGCUGCUGCCUGCUGGUUUGCCUUCGCUCAUCCUCAACCUACUGGUGCUAACCAACGGGGCUUACAGCAGCGAUCUCCAGGGAAGGUAUCACAGCCUUCUAAAGUGCACCCACUCGCGUUCUCCUAUGGACCUUCAGAGCGACCCCUUUCUCUGGCAGAAGGGAUACGGAUGUUUCUUUCCGGGCUCUGCCGUGUUUCGGCUCACCCAGACGCACAGUGAGACAGUGAAGAAGGCCCAAGACUACAUCCACGAUGUGACGAUCGGCAAGGCUUGGGUCACCGACUACAAUGUGCGUCGCAACCUGACGCUACCCAGCAGAGUGGACCAAGUCCUGGAAGACCACUCGUCGACACUGUACAGCCUUACAUCACUGGUGCACCAGGCACGCGAUGUGCUACGCGAAGUCUUUGACGAGUACACCGUGGCCGAGUGGAUCGAGCAGAACAUCUAUCCGUUGGUGCUGCGCCUAGAGAGGCUCUGGAACGAGGCACUGGCGAUCAAGAAGCCUCGCGUGUGGCCCGUGCGGCCGCUCGAACCCCUAGCCGACCUACGCCGCUUCAACAUUGGGGGCGUGUGACCAACGCUCAGGACUCUGGGCACGUGUGGGGGGGCAGACAGAGACUGGGGAGGACUUCCUUUUCUUAGACAGUGGGUUUUUAGCAGGUCAUUGCAUCAUACCUACUGUAAGCAUCUUCACUCUUGUUAAUACAUGGCCAGCUGUUCCUGGCCCUCUCUGUAAUGUGCUCCAUGUUUGUGUUCACCGAGUGUCUGUCAAUAAAGCCUUUUUAAUUUA